AUGCACCCACUACCCCGAAACCCUAGCCGGUCAACCCACUUCCUCCCGAUCCCCACUCCCCCACUCGCUCCCCGCACGCCCCUCUCCCCUUUCCCCGCCUGGAUCGGGGCAGAGGGCCCCGACCCCUUCGCCACGCUGCCGCCGCCCGGCGCCUCCGGCCACCCCCUCGCCGGCGCCUGCCUCCCCGACUCCCCCCGCAUGGCGCCCGCCCCACCUCGACCCGAGCUAGAUCGGGAUCGACCCCGCUGCGCCCCGACGACCGUGCCUCGCCGCCCGGUGCCGCUCGACGCCAUCGUCCACGACGGCGCCAUCGCUAGCCCCCGCCGGACCGCCUCCUCGACCCCGCCCCGCCUCUCCAUCGACCGCCUGCAUCGAGCCUUGCCGUCGCCCCUCGCCACCUCACAGGCGCCCACUUCCCCGUCUCCUCCCGCACGACGCGCCCCGACCCUGCGCCUGCCCCUGACGUCGCCGCCUCCCCGAUGCCGUCGCCAGACUGCCCCGCCCCGCCUCUCCAUCGUCGGUCGUCGCCUCAUCCUCGCCCUGCCAUUGCCGGUCCACCCCAAGCCGCCUCGAGCCCACUGCCCCCUCCCUACAGCUUCGCGGUGA